AUGGAAUGGGCAAAACAGAGGCAAAAACAGAACAGAAACGAAACCGUCUGGGACGGAGAUGAGAAGAGCAAAGACGAAGAUGUCGUCAGAGACCAGGUGUACGCAGAUGCACGCAAACACAGACAUGCUACAAAAACAUGGGCGUGUGGCCCAGACCGUCUCAGUGAGGAUCCUCCCAAGAAUGGAAAGGAGGAUCUCCCAUGGCUGUUCGCAGCUGUGGUCGACUCUGGUCGAGUCUUGCGGAGAUAA